CAGCAGCAGCAGCAGCAGCAGCAGCAGCAGCAGCAGCAGCAGCAGCAGCAGCAGCAGCAGACCGCAAAGGCCGGGAGUUUGUGGCGAAUGAACAGCAGAAUUUGAAGGCUGAGGGGCUUAUCUCCUUGGCGCUGAAUUACAAGUUCUUCAACAGGCCCUCCGCCCCCCCAGUGCCAGGCAACACUUUCUGCUUCCGAAAGCACCAGGAUCUUCUCGAAGAAGGAAGACAAGCAGCUGCUGCUGCUCUCCUGCAGCAGCAGCAGCAGCAGCAGCAGCAGCAGCAGCAGCAGCAGCGGCAGCAGCGGGGAAAGCGCGGCAGCAGCGGCCAAAACGGCGAAAACGCACUCGAAAUGGAAGACGUAUUAGCAGCAGCAGCAGCAUAA